AAAAAUCAGGAAAGUUCAGUUAAAAAUAAAAAUAAAGGUACCUAUACAUUUUAGUGUUUUGUUUAAAACUGAAUAAUGAAAGUCAAUAAUGAUGUGUGGAAUGGAAAAUAACUUAAGUUUGUCUGAAAAGAUGCUGGAUUAUGACGAAUUAGCGGCUAAAACUAAUUGGAGCUAUGACUACCUUUUAGAAAUAGACACAUCACAGUUCCCGUUCCCGAACACACUAUGGCACGUAAAACCCCCAAAAGAAAUAGCGUUAAAGACAACUCUGAUGCUAGCCAUCGGCAUACAUGGAAUCUUUCUCAACUCCGUGAUACUGAUCACUCUAGCCAAGAACCGUUGGUUAUGGACAGCGAGCAACUAUCUCAUUGGAAACUUGGCUAUGACUGAUCUGCUGACACUGUUGUUUUGUCCUUGGUUCAUGUUGGUCAGGGACUUUUACCAGAACUAUGUUUUGAAAAACUUCGGCUGCCGUUUUGAGGGGUUUAUGCAAGCAACAAUGUUGUUAGCUGCAGUAGGAGCUGUGAUGCUUGUCUGCUACGACAGAAUGGCUGCAGCAGCGUUAACAGCAGAUGCGAGGGUCACGAAGGCAGCUGCGCCGAAACUGAUCAUCAUCAGCUGGGUUGCAGCUAUCUUGUUGUCACUACCUUGGAUCAUAAAGAGGGAAUAUGUGGAGCGCCAGUGGCUGGAUCACCUUGAGACGUAUUGCGUAGAAGAUGUCCAGUUCCUUGGUAUCUAUUGGCACUUCACCCUCAGCAUGCUAGUGUGGAUCCCUUUAGGAGUCAUGGUUUUAACAUACGGCACAAUAAUGUGGAAGUUAGAACGCAGUGCAAGGAGACUCCGAGGGAACGGUCAAACAGCCGCCAGGGCCCGACGUCGAGCUAUGAGGAUCACCGCCUGCGUACUACUUGCAGCUGUCUUCUGCAGGCUCCCCUACACAUUUCUGAUCUAUUGGAGGAACAAUAACAGCAUGACUAUAAACUCUGUGGACGGUAUCUUCUCUAUCAUCUGGUUUGUGGGCAACCUCUUGAUGUACUUCAACAGCGCUAUCAACCCUCUCAUCUACGGGUUCACUAACCUCAGGUUCCGCAGGGCUAUGGACAGGACUCCUGGUAUAGCCUGCUGUAGAUUUGGAAGUUGGUGCUGCGUUUGUUCUAUGUUAAAAAAGAAACAACCGCCCCCUUCAGUAGGAGACAAGAACUCCGAGAAGAUCUUCGUUAUCGAGAAUUCGCCGAAACCAAACCGCAAGUUGACGAAAGCUAUCAAGAAUGUGCUGAGGAUAAAUAAGGAUACUUUAGAGCUUAGUAUACCUAACGCUGAUGAUAUUACUGGGAAACCUACUAAGGUCACUCCGCUAAGACCUGAUAACUGAACUGAAGUUGGCAACAAUUUUGAUAUUUCAAGUUGUACCAACAAUAAAGGUAAAAUAUUAGAAAAAAACGCUGAAGAAGUAGGAGCUUUAACGCUAUAGAUUUUUUCUUUUUUUGUAUAUUGACGACCUGUCUGGCCUAGUUGGCUACUGUGCUUGCUUAAGACAAUGCCCGUGGUUUGAAUCCCGGUAAGGGUAUUUAUUUGUGCGAAGAACACAUAUAUAUCUCCUCCUGGAGUUAUCCUGGAUGUUUUACAUGUACAUACUUACGGAUAAAUUUAUUUAUUUAAGUAUGUGUAUUAUUGUGUAUCGUCUUCUAGAACCCAUACCUAGUACAAUAUAAUAUACUUAGUUUAGCGUCUAUGUUAAUGUCCCCAAUAUUUAAUUAGGUAUUUAUUAUUCUUGAUA